CAAUUUCUUAGCUAAUCUCCCACUUGACUCGCAUCGAUUUUUUGUCUCUUUCUCUCAAAAUAAAAAAUAGAAAAAGUUUGUAAUCUCACUUUCUAUCGUUUUCUCUCCUCCCAAACACUCUCUUGCUAACAUCCAAGGAAAAAAAAGCGAUAACGAAGAAAUCUUAUGUAGGUCCGAUUCUUGAUUUCAUGAAGAUCUAGGGUGUCCAACGCUUUCUCAGUUCCCAAUCGAAGUUUCUCUUUUCAUAUUUUUUUAAUUAAUUACUAAAAUUAAAUUCCUUACCUUAAAUCUGGUGUGUUUUUUUAAAAGAAGAUUAAUUUACUUUUUAGCUGAUUUUUCAUUUGAUCUGUGCGGAAGAACUUUGUUUGAGCUGCGUUUUGGUUAUGCAAAGAAAAGGAAAUGGAGGCAGUUGUUGUUGGAGAUAUAGCGUCUUUGGAUGCGGAGCUAUUGCAUCUCCAGGAGAUGUCUCCUUUAGCUCUCAAAUCCUAUCCUGAAUUCACUCAAAAGCUUUUCGAACAGUGGCUUUCGCUUCCUGAAGCUAACAAGCUGGUAACAUCAUUGGUUAAUGAUGCAAAGGCGGGUAAUCCCUUGAAUGUUCCUGCAAACACUUCCGGUGGAGGCUCUCCCUCAAGCAAUUCGUUACCUUCCAUGUUUCCUGCUGGCAGUGCUCCUCCCCUUUCACCAAGAAGUACAUCUGGUUCGCCUCGUAUAACAAAACAAAGGGCUGGUCUUUCAAACUUGGGUUCUCCCCUGAAAGUAGUUAGCGAGCCUGUGAAAGAGUUUAUACCUCAGUUUUACUUCAAAAAUGGCCAUCCACCUCCAAAUGAUCUAAAAGAACAAUAUAUGUCUCGGAUCAGUCAGUUCUUUGCUGGCCACCCGGAGGGACUACAACUGCAAGAAUUCAAACUAGUGACCAAGGAAGUAUGCAAACUGCCUUCAUUUUUCUCCCCAUCACUUUUCAAAAAAAUUGAUGUUAAUAGCACUGGUUUGGUCACAAGAGAUGCAUUUGUUGAUUAUUGGGUCAAUGGAAACUUGUUGACGAAGGAUGUAGCAACUCAAAUUUAUACAGUACUAAAACAACCAUAUCUCAAGUACCUUGUUCAGGAUGACUUCAAACCUUUACUCCAAGAACUAUUGGCAACUCAUCCUGGGUUGGAGUUCUUACAGAGUACACCUGAGUUUCAGGAAAGAUAUGCUGAAACUGUUAUAUACAGAAUAUAUUACUACAUAAAUAGAUCUGGGACUGGUCACCUCACUCUUAGAGAAUUGAAACGUGGGAACUUGAUUGAUGCCAUGCUACAUUGUGAUGAGGAAGAGGACAUUAAUAAAGUUUUGAGGUACUUUUCAUAUGAACAUUUUUAUGUAAUAUACUGCAAGUUUUGGGAGCUGGAUACAGAUCAUGAUUUCUUGAUUGACAAGGAGAACCUUAUCAGAUAUGGUAACCAUGCGCUUACCUACAGAAUUGUCGAUAGAAUAUUUUCUCAGGUCCCAAGAAAGUUUACCAGUAAGGUUGAAGGAAAGAUGGGUUAUGAAGAUUUUGUUUACUUCAUCCUUGCAGAGGAGGACAAGUCAUCUGAGCCUAGUCUUGAGUAUUGGUUCAAGUGCAUAGAUUUGGAUGGCAAUGGAGUUCUAACUCGUAAUGAAAUGCAAUUCUUUUAUGAGGAGCAGUUGCACCGAAUGGAAUGCAUGGCACAGGAGCCUGUGCUCUUUGAGGACAUCUUGUGUCAGAUGAUUGACAUGAUUAAACCGCAGGAUGAGAGUUAUAUCAUGUUGCGUGACCUGAAAGGUUCUAAACUAUCUGGAAGUGUUUUCAAUAUCCUUUUCAAUCUUAACAAAUUCAUGGCUUUUGAAACUCGCGAUCCAUUCCUCAUUCGUCAGGAGCGUGAGAAUCCUACAUUGACAGAAUGGGACCGUUUUGCACAUCGAGAAUAUAUUAGGCUUUCAAUGGAAGAUGAUGUUGAAGAUGCCUCCAAUGGAAGUGCUGAAGUUUGGGAUGAAUCACUUGAGGCUCCCUUCUAAGUUGAAUAGGGUGCUCAGAGAAGAGCUCAACACACUUCUUCUAUGCUGGGCACCAGAAAGACAAAUGUCGCCUUGAAUCGACGAGGAAGCUACAUCUAGUCUCAUUGGAGGAACGUAAGAUGUACCCUUGAAGCACCAUUGACGGAUUUUCAGGUUCAGCUAACAGGAUGAAUCAAGCAAUUGGAGGCUGACUUUAUCUAAAGAACUCCCACCAUCAAAGAGUUUAUGCAGGGAGGUAAUUGAUUAAAAUCCAGAUUUAAAGAAGCUCAGAACAUUAUUAAUUACCCUUUCCAUUCUCAAAUUCUAAGAUACAAUCUAAGUCCGUCUAGUCCUCUGUUAAGUCCCGGUUGCUUUGUUUCAUACUUGGAAUGUUAUAAUUGAGCGUAGCAAUUUUGGUUUGGAUAAAGGUCGUCUAGCAAUUCAAUUUUAGUUGUUUUACCCUUUUCAUUUUAAUUUAGGACUCUAUCAGUUAGCUCGACUGUGCUAUUGUGAACAUAGGUUAAGUAAUUGACUUAUUUAUCUGUGAAUUCGAAAAUUCCGUGCUUGUUAUGAUAUAAAAAGAUAGGAAGUAGUAUUGAAGCUUUUUCGUA